CUAUUUCACUCCUAGUCUCACCCCUCUCGCCGUCCGUUCUCCAGACGCAGCAGCUCGGCUAGUAUACGCCUAUUCCCGGCCAACCCCCCUGUCCCCCAGAGAGAAGAGAAAGAAUACAUGGGACACAACGAAAGAUAAAUUAUCCUAGAUUGUAGUUUAGAUUUAUCCAGGACAAUCAGAGCGGAUAUCCAUCGACACAGAAAGAAACCCCGCCUUUACUCGUCUCGCGGUCUCUCAACUUCUCCCACCUACUCUUUCUUUUUAUCUCAAUCCUUCUUUCUAUUAAAAUUGUUUUUGACUGGAUGGAAAGAUGUGGAUAAACGGCGGAAGUGGUCAGGUCGGACCCUAAUCUAAAACAACGAGACACCCGGGCCGUCACGAACGCAGCAGGCAGAAUAUAUUCAACAGGACGGAGCUAUACUUUCUCUGGCUGGACUGAUUUUCUGCUCAGCGGUCGAACUUUCUGAAAAUUGCAUAUAGGCUACCGCUGUCUGUUCUGUGUGCUCUAACCCAAAGUCUCAUACAUCGCCUUGGACCUCAGUGAGAGGGGAUUGGGACCAAAUAUGGUGUCCAGUCUGAGCGAGUGGUUCUGGAAUGAGCGGCUGUGGUUCCCUGAGGGGCUGGGUUGGGCUGACCUGGAGGACAAAGAUGGCCGUGUCUACGCCAAGGCCAGCGACCUUUGGGUGGUGCUACCCAUCGCUCUAGCCUUCCUCGUAAUACGACAGAUCUUCGAGGGGUUAGUGGCCACCCCACUGGCUGCUGUCAUGGGGGUGAAGGAGAAAGUUCGGCUCAUAGUCUCACACAACCCCACACUGGAGUCCUUCUACUGUAACACAACCAAGAACCCCUCACAGAGUUCUAUAGACAGUCUGUGUAAGCAGACAGGUUGUUCAGAGAGACAGGUGCAGAGAUGGUUCAGGAGACGCAGGAACCAGGACCGACCCAGUCUACUGAAGAAGUUCAAAGAGGCCAGUUGGAGAUUCACCUUUUACCUUCUUGCUUUCAUUGCUGGCCUGGCUGCCCUCAUUGACAAACCCUGGCUGUAUGACUUUAAGGAGAUGUGGCAGGGCUUCCCUAUUCUGACUCUCCUGCCGUCUCAGUAUUGGUACUAUAUGAUAGAGCUGGGUUUCUACGUCUCUCUAAUCUUCAGUGUGGCAUCAGACGUCAAACGGAAAGACUUUAAGGAGCAGAUGGUUCACCAUAUGGCCACCAUCUUCCUCAUCAGUUUCUCCUGGUGUGUCAACUACAUCAGAGCGGGCACACUCAUCAUGCUGCUGCACGACUCCUCCGAUUAUUUACUGGAGUCCGCUAAGAUAUUCAUCUAUGCUGGAUGGAGAAACACCAGUAACUACGUCUUCUUCCUCUUCGCUGCCGUCUUCAUCUUCACUAGACUCUAUAUCUUCCCCUUCUACAUCAUUUAUUCUACGUACAUUUAUCCAAUGACUAUGUACUCUCCGUUCUUUGGAUACUACUUCCUGAAUUUCCUUAUGAUGGUGCUGCAGUGUCUCCAUAUCUUCUGGGCCAUCCUCAUUCUGCGUAUGGCCGUCCGCUUCCUGAGCAGCGAUGAAAAGGUGGAGGACGAGAGGAGCGAUAAAGAAGAGACAGACGAGUCAGGGGAGGAAGAGGAGUGGGUGGAGAAGAAAGGUGCGGUGCAGAAUGGUCACGCCGCUCACAACAACCACCGCAAGACGGAGUAAUGAAAACGUGUGCCAGGAAGUAAAGAGUGUGAAGAAUUCACAUCCCUCACUCAUCAGAGUGGGAGAGAUGGAGGGAAGGGGAAAGUGAGAGAUGGAGGGAAGGGGAAAGGGGAAAGGGAGAGAUGGAGGGGGGGGGAAAGGGAGAGAU